AUAUAUACACACAGAUAAGAACAAAAUCUAGGGUAUCUCUUGUCAUCACAGGACCGCUCCUCUGUUCAGCUUCGAUCACCCUAUCCUCCGUCGAUCUCUCUUCUCAGACCGGCUUCCUACUCUCUGACUCGGUCUCUCUCAAUCGUUGUUGCCUUCGCAUCCAUGUCCGACUCCUCGACCAUCGACGAAUGUCAGGAUGCCCUGCUCUCUCUCUCUCUCUCCCGGAUAGCUUGCGUUCAGGUGGGAUCCCUAGUGAUUUCAUUGUUGUUCACCAACCCCAAGCCCAACCCCAAGCUGACAUGCAAGAGAAACUACAAGCGCCCACUGCCCACUUUGACCUCGAGAACGAGUAUAAGAGCUACAUAAAUGCUGCAUUCCGUUCAUCCAAGGAAAGCCAAGCCUAUCUAUUCGUGGGGAACAAUUAUGUGGUGUUGGACUAUUCUCAAGGCCCCUCACACUCUGAAGUGGUGGAGGGACCCCUACCCUUCUGCCAUGGGUUUCCAUUCCUCAGGUUCACAUUCUUUGUAGAGUAUGAAUUAGACGCAGCUUUUGGGUCUGGUGAGAAUGAAGCGAUCUUCUUCUUAGGAGAUGAAUGUGCAAAGAUUAACUACAGUUCAAACCCGAGUCGUGACAUUAAACAAAUCACUGAGAUGUUCCCUUUCUUGCAACGUACUCUGUUCGAAAGCAACAUAGACACUGCACUUGAAUCGUGGAAAAGUAAUGAAGCUUUCCUCUUCAAAGACGACCAAUGUGUUUGUAUAAACUAUAGUUCUGAUAACUGCGGCCUUGUCGGCACCAGCCGUCCGAUCGUUGAAUUCUUUCCUAUUUUGAAAGAUACCUUUUUUGAUAGUGGAAUUCAGGCGGCGUUUGCUAAGAGCAUAACUAAUUGCUAUUGCUAUGAGGUGGUCUUAUUCAAAAAAAAUCGCUGGGCAUGGAUCAAAUUUGGUUCCCUCACCAGACGCUUUGAAACUCCUUCCCUUCAUAUUGGCCAAUUGUGUCCCUCUUUAAGAAACAUCGUGUCUCGCAAAAACGGCGGUUUUGAUGGUCAUGGUAUUCAUUGCGGCUGUGUCCCAAACCCUCCCACUGGAAGUACAAGACGUAUUUACACCCCGGAGGAAAUGGAAUGGCUCAAGGCUGCUGGGGAAAGAAAUCAUCGUAGCGGGAAGUACGUUGCUUUUGCAGAUCUCUGUAGAGAAUUGGAAGAAGCAAUAGCAAACAAGUCCAAUAUUGGGAGCUGAAAUUCAUCGAAGCAAUUACGAACAACUCAAAAAAUUUCUUUGGAAAUAAGGAAAUGAGAGUUUUUUCAGGCCUUUCAGGCCUCAGCUGAUUUCUAGGAGUUAGGAGCAAGGCUUGGACAGGUGGGAAUCACUCAUUGGAGGAAGUAGAAACACCUCAAGCCUAAGCCUUUACCAGGAGGACACUUGGCAGCCAUGCAUGAAGGCCUGUGGAAGCAGCUCAAGGCCUGGAACUUCUGCCUAUAAAUACCAGAAUUGAAGGCCUUGGCAAAAGUCCACGAUUAUCGAGCCCACGGCUUAUCCAAUUUAUCUUUCAAUUAUAGUUACUUUCUCGUUCAAUCUAGCCAAGCCUAGAUUUUAUUUCAUUUCCUUGUAACCAGACUUUGUUAAACCGUUAAUAAAGUCUUUUUAAUUCUGUUUUAGGCCUUGUUCUACUUUUCUUUCCAUUUUUUCACACGGUUAGGAAAUACUAAGUCCUUAUCCCAACAAGGCAAACCUCGAACCUCCUCACGGUCCCCACCCUUAGGCCGUGCACUUUCGUUCGAUUAGAAGUCAAAUUGAGGCUUCCAAGCCUUGAUACAAAUUUGGGCAGCAAUCCUGCCCUGGCACGCCCGCAACUCUAGCCGAUUUGGUUUUUGCACUUUUUGCGGAGAAACACAUACUCAGUGUGCUUGUACCGAUCGUAUCUUGAGGUCCUUGUACUGUGUUGGGCCUGCUAGCUAUAUAGAGCUCAAAAUGGCAGUAUAUCAAUACACUUGCAAUAAAAGAAUCAUGGAUGGUAAGCCAAGGCAUGCCUGGAAAAUACAUUAUUGCCCUUUGAAGUUUUUCUUUCCGUUUGGUCCUUGCAUGUGUUGGUCUUGGGGUAGGUUUGGUAUUUUGCGUUAUCAAUAUCAAUACUCUUUCUUGACGAACUUAUCGCUUGAGAACUGAUUUCCCGAAAAUUCCGCCGUUUUCCAGGACCCCGUACCUCGAUUUCAGCCGUAUUUUACGUUGCUUGGUCGAUAAGCCGGAAGUACAGAUCUACUGUUGUAGCGGCGUCCUUCAAAGGAGACGCCCCAUUACUUAUUGCUUCAAUUCUGCACUCGUUAGGGCUCCAAGCUAGAAAUCGUGCUUGCUCUGAUUUGAGGUUUCGAUUUUGUUGAGGGAUUUCCCUUGUUUUCCAUUGGAUUUUGAUGGUAUGUCUUCAAGUGAAUCACGUGAACAACAACAACAAAUCUAAAUGCGUCAUAAUUUGGGGAAUAGGGAGAAAGACGGAAAAGAGAGCUCAAAAGAUGAAUCUACAUCUAGGCUUCUGAAAGUCCGAAGGAAUCAAAGUUGAGUAGUCAGUGUAAUUUCUUAUGGUGGACCUAUCAACAUAAUGAUUGUGAUUUUAUUGUUGUAUUUUGAGACAUACGAAUGAUUUUGUAUAUUAUAAUUUCCAGCCCAGGAAGUUCUCCUAAGCAUGAUGGUUUGCCGAUUCCCCUUGGGCAAAUAAAUUCAGUUGGUAAACUUUUUCCUCCUCUUCUCCUAUCUCUACACUCAAAUUUGGUUCUUAAGUGUACGUAAGUACAAGGAAUGGGGGCUUUUUAGUCUUCAGUUUUUAUUGGAUUUUUUAGGCUUGAAGAUCUAAUUUCUUUGAGUAUUCUUUCAUUUCUGUAUGUCAUAAGGGUGCUUCAAAAUUAUGUGUUUUGUGGAACUGUGUUGAGUGUGUUCCAUCUAUACACAAAAGCAAAGUACCUUUCCGGAUUACAUUUACUGGAUGAAUGGCCAAAAAAAAUAGAGGAAGAAGGAACAAAUCAAUUACCUUAAGGGGAGGAUAUAGCUUAUAGAAUGUAUACAAUGGAGAGGUUUUACUUUGUAGAACAAAGCAAAAAGGAGAUUGUACAAGUUAUUGAUGAUUCUACAUAUGAAACAUGAAUAGAAUCCUAAGCCUGUCAACAAAUUCUCAUUCCAUUACUAACAAAAACUUGGUAUAAAUUGAUGCCUAAGCGUUAAAAAGUGCAGAAAACCAAAAGAUAGGCCCUAGGCGACCCAGGGGCACAAUAAUUGAGAAAUGAUAAAUGAACCCAUGCCAAUGCAAGUCUUAACUACUACUACGGUACUACCAGUUAGCCAUCUCCAGUAAACGAGAUCCUCUACUCUUAGAAUUUGAGAUAGUAUUCUCCAUUCAAUUUUGCAGUGAAUGCGCAAGAAAACAAGCUUGUCGUACAUCGAUCCUUCAUUUAACUUGGUCCAUAAAUAAACAUAUGUCGUGUUCACAUACGACACACCUGUUGGUUGAUCAAAACUUUCAAAAUUGAUGAGUAGCAAUAUCUCCCGCUACAGAAUCACAGCGAUACUCUAAUAGUCAUCUCAACCUUGACAAUCUCUUCCGCUUCCUAUUCCUUUUAGGCAUAAUAGCAUUGCUCUUCGAGCUAGAUGGCAAAGCCAAAGCAGAAGGAGGCUUGCCAACGGAUGUUC